AUGUCAAGCCUGAUGAAACAACAGAAAAAACUGCAUCCUACUCCUACCAGUAAUGUAAAUCCCUCAACACCGGAACCUCCUUCAUGUGUGAAUAGCGCCAAAAGUCAGCCUACUUCUGAAAAAACUGCAAGCAACAAAACUGCUGAUGAGUCCAUAGACUACAGUGACUUCAUGAGUCCAUGCCACAUAGUUGAAGAGAUUGUGGAUCCAGAUGUUGAGGAAGCAAAGUGGAACCUCAAAUUUGAUACUGAAGUGGCAGACCUUGCAGCCAUUAACGUGUGCCAAGCACCCGAAGACUUCCGGCACCAUGACUUCCAAAGCUUCAGUGAAGUACCACAGGAGCUGGAUCCCUAUGCAGAGUUUGAGGAUGCUCCAUACUUUAGUGCCGAUUUUGAUUCCUGCAAGCUACCAGCCCAGCUUGCUAACUCUAAGGUUCGGGCCGUUUGCCAUGGAAGCAUAGCGCCUACUAAGCCCAUUACACACUUGGAUAAGACAUGCUUCGAUGCUUCUCUAAAGGAGCGCUUGCGUUCCCUGGGGUUCCGCAGCCCAUCGUGCAUUCAGUCAGUGGUCUGGCCAGCAGUUUCAACAGGCAGAAAUGUGGUGGCAGUGGCCACACCGCACACAGGCAAGACACUUGCCUACCUGAUACCACUGGUGUCAAGAAUGCUUACGGAGAUCGACUACCAUCAACUGCCUACAGGCUGUGGUCCCCUGAUGCUAAUCUUGACAUCCACAUGGCAAGGAGCACACCGCAUUUACGAGCAAGUCAACUUGCUUGUUGAAGAAGACGCCAAGUGCCCCAAGUGUUGCAUUUUGUAUGCUGGAGGGUCGGAGGAUGGCAAAGAGAUACCAAUCAUCAAUGGCUGUGACAUACUGGUUGCUACUCCCCACAGCUUUCUGCGUUUCUUGAACAACUACGAGAGACUGAUUGUUAACAUGUAUCGCUGCUGUCAUUUGGUCCUGGAUGACGGUGAACGUUUGCUGGAUACGUACACUGCAGAGGUAACUGCCGUGCUUGAGGAAUUUCUGGAGUGCCAGAAAAAACGCCAGUCAUGCCUCAAGUUUGCUCAAAUAAUAGUCUGCUCAACUAUGUGGACCAGUGGCCUGGACUGGUUUCUGCGUACAUAUAUAGUGCAGCAGACUCCCCUGGUCAUGCUUUCGUCCUUCUCUGAGGCUGCCGUAUAUGCAGCAGUGCCCACAGUGGCCUGCUAUGUUGAACCACACACACAGAAUGAUGCUUUACUGAAUAUUGUAAAAGGCAACGCCAGCCGGAAAGUGGUGGUGUGCGCUGCAGAGAGAGAGACGGCCAUUGCUGCACAUCACUUGCUGGUGUCGCAAGAUCUGUACUCCCUGCUUCUUCAUGAUGAGCUUCCAGUGGCCAAGAUCUCUGAAGUGUCAAGCGAAUGGAUGUCAGAACACACCAAGGUCGACAUGCCCAUCCUUGUGAUCCAGGACAAGGUUCUUCCACUGACCAACAUUCGGGAUGCUGCCGUUCUUGUUCACUAUGACAUACCUGAAUUAUCCCAGUUCAACUUUGGGUUUCGAUACUCGUGCAUUGCUGACCACAUGCGGUCUUUCAGAGAUAAGGAGGAUUUUUAUACCUCUGAACGACCAGUAGUCCACAUGAUACUAUCAAGCAACAACAGGAGUAUUUCUGUACAGCUUGUAGAGUUCCUAAACAGGCUGGGUAGUAAGGUACCUGAUGGACUGGCUCAAUUAGCCUCUGAAGAGAAGGAAAUGAGAGUUUCAUCUAGUGCUGAACUGCCAUUGUGCCCCAACCUCAAGGCUUUUGGCCGUUGUGAAAGGCAGUCAAGUGAGAGUGGCUGCUCAUACCGACACCAGAUUUUGCCCGAGACAGACCAUGCACCAUGCUGGUCUUAUCUGCCAAGUCAGGGAAGUGUUCGGAUUGCAAUAACGAAAGUGACAAGCGCUUCACACUUCUACGCACAGAUUCUUCAACAGUGGAAUAAGCCAUCUGGGCCAGCAAGUGGUAACGAGCCAGAGGUGAAAGAAAACCUGGAGCUUCAGGAAGCCAAGUCACUUUUAAAUGAGUACUUCUCCAAUGUGGAAAACCGUGUGCCUUUCGACGCAAAGGCCACACCUACAGUUGGCCAAGUUUAUGGCCUGGAAGCUAGUGCCAGCCAGUACGAGAGAGUUCUGGUAACUUCGGUGACAUCGAGCAACUCAGCACCAGCCAGCGUGACUGUGACGCACCUCGACUAUGGCGGCCACUCCACUGUAUCUGCAUCUCGACUGUUCCAUCUUCCACCUAAACUCACCAUGAUAAGGCCGCUGGCAGUGGAAGUGUAUUGCUGUGGCAUGCAGCCUCCAGACGGUGACCUCAGCUGGACUUUUCAGGCUGACUUCAGGGCACAUAAUCUCUUCUUCAGGAAGGAGCUUGUUGGCGAGAUUGUGCUGCGCCUAGGCAAUACUCUGUGGCUUGACAGACUCGUAUUCCAAGAGAAGCUGCGGUUUGCUGGCGCUCGGGUGUCCUUACAAAACAUGAGAACCACCCUAGUUAAGGAAGGUUUUGCCAACACAAACCCCUCACACAUGGAGAGGCUGCGCAAGAUGGCUACUGAUGCUGGAGUGACUGUGCCUUCACUUCCUGCAGGUACGAAUGUAAUAUACAAACACUAA